UGAAGCUGAAUCUGGUUGUGUGUGGAAGUGACGGGACAUUGAAAUCCUUCAUAUCAGAGCGGAUCCUGCAGCAGACAGACAGAAGAUCAGAUGUGGAGCUUCAUGGACAUCAGAUCAGUCUGGUGGAGCUUCCAGCUCUGUUUAACAUUCGGCGCUCAGAGGAGGAAGUGAUGCGUCAGACUCUCCACUGUGUGUCUCUCUGUCACCCUGGAGUUCAUGUUUUCCUCCUCAUUAUUCCUGAUGCUCCACUAACUGAUGAAGACAAAGCAGAAAUGGAGGAGAUCCAGAGGAUUUUCAGCUCAAGAAUUAAUAAACAUGUCAUGAUCCUCAUAAUGCAGGAUUCAGAGCAUCAGACAGAAGAACUCAAUGCAGAAACACAGUCUGUGAUUGAGAGUUUUGGAGGACGACAUCAUUUCUUUGGUCCCAGCACACAAGUGUCCACAUUGAUGGAGAAAAUCGAGCAGAUGCUGGAAGAAAACAGAGGACAGUAUUUCUCUGCAGAGACAUUUUUGGAGGCUCAGAUGAAAAAACUUCUGCAAUUUGAAGAGAUGAAGAAAAAAAUUCAUUCAUUAGAGACACAUUUUCUGUCCAAGGGUCCAACAGACAGCCAAGAUGAUCUGAGGAUUGUGCUGCUGGGAAAAACUGGAGUUGGGAAGAGUGCUACUGGAAACACCAUCUUAGGAAGAAAUGCAUUCAAAGCAGAAGAAUCUUUUCAAUCAGUGACCAGUGAGACUCAGAGAGAAACAGUCGAAAUCAACGGCCGACAAAUUACUGUGAUCGACACUCCAGGACUGUUUGAUACUGAACUUACUAAUGAGGAGAUCCAGAAAGAAAUCACCAACUGCAUCUCCAUGGUACUGCCUGGACCACAUGUGUUUCUCUUACUGAUACCACUGGGACGAUUCACUCCAGAAGAAGCUAAAUCAGUAAAGAUCAUCCAAGAGACGUUUGGUCAAAAUUCUUUAAUGUACACCAUGGUGCUCUUCACCAGAGGAGAUGGUCUGAAGAACAAAACCAUUGAACAGUGUUUGGGGAAACCUGGAUCUCUUUUGAUGAAUCUAAUAGAAGCUUGUGGAAACAGAUACCAUGUGUUCAAUAAUAAUCAGACUGAAGACCGAACACAGGUGUCUGGUCUGCUGGAGAAGAUAGACGCCAUGGUGGAAGCAAACGGUGGGAGUUUCUACACAUGUAAGAUGUUCAGAAAGAUGGAAAGAGAAAAACAAGAACAACAAAUGAAGUUCCUCAUGGAGAGAGUGGAGCAACUGAACAGAGAAAGAGAAGAGCUGACAAAGAAACAUGAAGAAGAGAAAGAAAAAAUGCAGAUGAUGAUGGAGGAACAAAGACAAAAUCAUGACAAAGAGAUGAAGAGGAGAGAAGAAGAAUUUAGAGAGAGAGAAAUACAAUAUAAAAUGGAAAUGAGAAGAGAACGAGAGGAAUGGGAGAAACAGAAAAAACAAGAUGAAAGGAUGAGAAGAAAGAAAGAGCGAGAGAUCCAUGAAACCAUGAAGAAAGAACGAGAGGAAUGGGAGAGACAGAAACAAAAAGAAGAAAAGAAGAGAAGAGAAGAAGAGGAUGAGAAACAAAGAGAGAGAGAACAGAGAAUGUGGGAUGAAUUUAAUCAGAGACUGAGACAAGAGAGAGAUAGAGUGGAAACAGAAAAAGAAGAUCUUCAUUCUAAACAUGAAGCACAAGAAAACAACAUGAAGAUCCUGAUGGAGAGAGUGGAGCAAAUGAACAGAGAAAAAGAAGAAAUGAUGAGAAAACUAGAAGAAGAGAGAGAGGCCAUGAAGAUGAUGAUAGAGGAAGCAAAACAGAAUCAAGAAAAAGAGAGAAAGAGAAGAGAAGACGAAGAUAAGAAGAGGUGGGAGAGAGAGAAACAGAUCUCUGAGGAACAGUAUCAGAGACUCAAGAGGGAAAUGGAGGAAGUGAUCAGAGAGAAAGAAAGAGUGGAACGAGAGAGACAAGAACAACUAGAGGAGUUUGAGAAGAGACUGAAAGAAGAAAGAAACAUGAGAGAAGAUCAACAAAAGACGUUUGAAGAAAAACUCCAACUACUUGAAGAACAGCAUGAAGAGAAACUAAAUAGAAGACAGUUGGAGAUGAAAGAGGAAGUACAGACUGAAAGAGAAAAAAUAGAGCAACUAUUUCACAGACUUCAUCUGGACGAGAACAAAAAUAAACUGAAAACUGUAGAAGUUCUCCAGUUAACUGCUCAUUCAUUAAAGGCCCGUAAGUCUUGUGCUGAGGAGAAGCUGGUUUGGAGUUUCAUACAAAAACUACUGAUGAUGAACUACAGAGCAAAAUACACUUAUGUUAAAGAUACCAAUGAACAGCAUGAUACACAACAAAGAGACAGUGAUGAUUUGAAAGAAAUGUCCAUGUCUAAUGAAGAAACAGGCCAAUCUGAGCGAAUUCACCCGAUGGAUGUUCAGAUGGCAGUGUUUCAUUGUGCUGAUAGUUUCCUGAAGCAGCUGAUGGUCACUAAACUGUCCCAGUGUCAGUACGCUCUGCCUCUGCUUGUUCCUGAUCCAUUCACUCAACAGAUUGAGUUUCCUCUCUGGACAUUCAGACAAAUCAACAAGAGCUGGAAGAUGACCAACACCAACAAUGAAAUCGUCAGUCAAACCCAGCCCAUCUACAAGGCAGAAACUCCAAUGGUGUUUUUCUUCAGGUUUGGCUCGGUGUCGUCCUCCAAGUCUCAGCUGAUGAACAGUCUGAUCAAUGAGAAACACAACACGUUCUUCCACAGGAACUGUCCAGGCAGCAGCAGAUCCAGACUCCUGAUGGAUGGAGUGGUGGAGAUCGCCUGGUUCUGUCCAUCUGGAACAAAUGAUGAUAAAUUCACUGAUUGUGUUGCAUUCUGUAAUCUACACGGUGACGCAGGAGACCAUGAGAAACAGCUAGAGAUCCUCACUGAAAUGGCCUCAGUCAAUGUUGUUCUUUUACCACAACUUGACAGGAACGAAAGCGUUAAAAUGAUCCAAAAUCUGUACACAAACAAAAAGCCACUCAUUUGUCUUCUUACUGAGGAUGAAUCUACUGUAACAGAGAUUAAUAACACAAAAUUCAAAAUCGGUCUGAAGGAAAGAAGUCAUUCAGAUGCAUCUGAAGAACUCAGGAGAGCUAUAAAUGAUUGUCUGUCAGAAACUUCUUCCACUUUCAGACUUGAAGAUGUGUCCAAAAACUCAAACAUCAGAAUAAAUGAAGAAGAUGAUGAUGACUGCAGGAAAGGAAGAGAAGCAGCACAACAGAUGAUGAGUUUACUGGAGAAGAAAGAUCUGAGAGAAAUCAAAGAAUCAUUUCUGCCUCAUCAGGGGAAACUCUGGCAUCAGUGGAGUCAGAAGAACAAAGAACUACAUCGACCUCGAGCAGAUGAGACAGAAAUGGACAUCAGCAGAAAACAAGCCAACCUCAUGAGAUUACGUGAGCAGCAGCAUGCAUUUAACAUAAGUACUUUCAUACAGUUCUUUAUUAAAGAAUUUAACUUGCUUGCUGAGAACAAAAUCUACUUUCUAAAAUGGCUUGAAAUCUUCCUGGAUGAAUAUAUUUCAAUGGAUAUGUCUGUUCUUCAUCGGAAGUAUGAGGAACAGUGGUCAGCAGUUGUAAAACUGAAAGAGAAGAAUUAUAAACCUGAACAACUCAAAACUGAACAAGAAGAAUUUGAGAGAAUAUAUGAGGAAAUUCAAAUGGCGGGCUUUGGUUUGGAGCACAUCAUGAGUGAGAUCGGUCAGAUCUAUGAAUCAUGUUCAUCUGUGAAGAAGAACAAGAAAGACCUGCAGGUUCACUUCUCUUCUCUCCCGAGUCUUGCCGCUGAGAUGAUGAUCUCUGGAUUUCCACUGGAGCUGAUGGAUGGAGAUGCUGCUCAUGUUCCUGUGAUCUGGAUCUCUGCUGUUCUAGAUCAACUCGUCCAGAAACUGGGAGACCAGAGAGUCUUUGUGCUGUCAGUUUUAGGGCUUCAGAGCUCUGGGAAAUCCACCAUGCUGAACGCCAUGUUUGGACUUGAGUUUGCCGUCAGUGCUGGGAGGUGCACCAGAGAAGCUUUCAUGCAGCUGGUCAAAGUGUCAGACAAGAAGAAAACACAGAUGAACUUUGACUAUAUUCUGGUUGUGAAUUCUGAAGGUCUUGGGGCUCUAGAACAGUCUGGAAGAUCAACAAGAGAUCAUGACAAUGAACUGGCCACAUUUGUUGUAGGUCUUGCAAAUCAAACCUUGAUCAGUAUAUUUGGAGAAAACCCAUCUGAGAUGCAGGACAUUCUUCAGAUUGUUUGUCAGGCCUUCAUGAGGAUGAAGAAGGUCAGAUUGAAUCCCAGCUGUGUGUUUGUGCAUCAGAACGUCUCAGACGUCACAGAUGGAGAGAAGAACAUGGAGAGAAGGAGACGACUGCAGGAGAAACUGGAUGAGAUGACAAAAAUAGCUGCUAAAGAUGAAGGCUAUGAUGCGGAAUGUUUCAGUGAUGUCAUUAGAUUUGAUGUUGAGAAAGAUGUAAAGUAUUUCUCUCAGCUCUGGGAAGGCGGCCCACCAAUGGCACCACCAAACCCAAACUACUGUGAGAACAUUCAAGACUUGAAGGAAACUAUUGAGACUUAUGCAUCAAAAUCACAUGGAAUGACGCUGACACACUUUAAAGAUCGUGUUAAAGAUCUUUGGGACGCUUUGCUGAAGGAGCAAUUCAUCAUCAACUUCAAAAAAUCUCUGGAGAUGUCAGCCUACAGGAAACUGGAGACCGAAUACAGCAAAUGGUCCUGGAGUCUGCGCAGUGCCAUGAUGGAAACUGAGAACAGACUGCACAAUCAAAUAGAAAACGAAACAAUUCAUGAAGUUGAGGAAACUAAUCUUCAGAGAGAAAUGAAGAAGACAAAUGAAGAAGUGACAAAAUCAAUGUCAGAUUUUUUUGACAAAGACACUGACGCUGAAAUACUGAUUCAAUGGAAAACAUCAUUUGAAAUCAAAAUCAAAGAACUUCCGGAAAACAUUGUGAGAGAAACAAAGAGGAAAUUAAAUCAGAUUAUUCAGCAACGUGACCUGAAGAAAAAGAUUGAUGCUCAGAGGACACACCAUGAAAACACUCUCAUUGAAAAGAGCAAAACACUUGCCUUAGAAUUGAAAGACAAAACAAGUGAUGCAGAAAUCCUGAAGAAAGAGUUUGAUAUGUUUUGGAAACAGUGUGUGAAGACGAUCAUCACAGAGAGUCCUCCAAUCAAAGACAUUGACAUAAUCAGAGAUUUGAAACUCCUUCUCAGUGACAUCUAUAAAAGUGUUUCUGUGGACCAACGGAUGGAGAAAAGUGAGAACAAGGAUGUUUUUUCUGUACCGAGUUAUUCAGAUUAUGUAGAGCUAAAGAAAUCCAGUGGAUUCACAGGAUCAGGAACAAACAUCCACAGAUCAACUAAGAAGUUUGGUUACAGUCUAUCAAGAGAAGAUGAAGCCCAAAUAAGAUCAUUAGUCACAGACAUUGCUCAGCAUACAGACUCAAUGAUCAUGUCAUUUAACAUUUCAAAGAUGGGCUACAACAUCAGAUGCAUUCAACAAAUCACAGAUUACAUCAAGAGAAGACUAACAGAACAUCAGGAAGGACCAGUGAAAUAUGUGUUCAAGAAUGAAUUCUUCAGGGAUUUGGUUCUUUCCAUCUGUAUGAGAGCAAACAAGAUGAUCACAGACCAACACAGACUUUUCAAGGAUGCCAAUGAUCCUGCAAUAUAUGUUAAGAAGAAGAGAGAAGAGUACUACAGUAGUUUUAAGAAAAACUGUCAUGAAGCAACAUCAGUUACCAUUUUUGGUGAGAUCAUCUGUCAGAAACUGAAAGAGCCCAUUGAGCAGAGUGUCUACAAGCAGACUGCCAGAGAUUUAGCAGAUGAAAUCAGAAUAAACUGUGAAUCACUGAAUGGAAACCGAUCAAAACUGGAGAAAUACAUCCUGAAGACACUGGCAGAAGAGAAUGAUUUUGACAAAUACAUGAACUACAUUCAUAAUCCCAGAGAUCACUUCAAGAGUUUCAUCAGAGAUGAAGUCAAUCGGUACAUCACUGAUAAGUUCAGUCUCAGUGUUUUACCCAAGAUGAAGGAGAACAUUAAACUCCUGCAGCAGAAGAUCAUGGAAGCAGCUCAUGAAUCUACUGAAGGUGUUCAACUCAACAAUGGAAAUGUUGGUUUUUGGUUGAAGAGCUUCACACAGAAGCUCUCAGACGUGCUGAUCUUCUCUGAAAAAGACCUCAGUGGAGUGAAACAUGAUGAUGUUGAUGAUUUCAGCCUCCUACAAGAUGUGAUAAGAGAUAAACUUCCUGAUGUAAUGUCUGAGAUCAGCCUCAGAUUCAACACAAAGGCUUUCCCCAAGAAUCUGGACUAUAAGUUUAGAGCAGAUGAGCUUCUGAGUGAUCACUUCUGUCAGUGCUGUUGGGUUCAGUGUCCGUUCUGUAAAGCUACCUGCACCAACACCAUAGAAAACCAUGAGGGGGAUCACAGUGUUCCUUUCCAUCGUGUUAUUGGACUAAACGGGAUGCAUUACAAGAAUACAACAAACUUGUCGACUAGCAUCUGCACAUCAGCGGUAGCAAGCAAUCGAUCUUUUUAUCCCGAUACCUCAGAUGAUAAUGUCCUCUGGCAACAAUACAGGACAGCAGGAGGGGAUUAUGCAGACUGGAGCAUCACCUCUGACCUCUCUGAGCUGCCGUACUGGAAGUGGUUUGUGUGCAGAUUCAAGAAAGAUCUGGAAAAAUACUACAAUAAAACAUUUGAGGGGAAGGGGAAGAUACCAGAUGAAUGGAGAAAAUGUUCAAAACAGGAUGCUAUUGAAAGUUUGGAUCAAUAUAUUUGAGG